GGCAACACUGCGUUACAUUUACGUUUCCUUCUUUCCGCCAUUAUUCUCUUUGUGGAUUAUUUCAAAUUUGUAAGUUUGUAAACUCAAUCGAUGCAAUCCUAAGUACAUUUUAUGUGAUCAGUUUUUAUAUUGAUCUCGCUUCAAAAAGGAUAUUAAAAAUGUCCAUUGGUGUACCGAUUAAGGUACUCCAUGAAGCCGAAGGGCAUAUUGUUACUUGUGAAACUUCAACUGGUGAAGUUUAUAGAGGAAAGCUUAUUGAAGCUGAGGAUAAUAUGAACUGUCAAAUGGCCAACAUUACUGUGACUUAUAGAGACGGUCGUGUUGCUCAACUAGAAAACGUUUACAUCAGAGGCAGCAAAAUACGAUUCUUCGUUUUACCUGACAUGUUAAAAAAUGCCCCCAUGUUCAAGAAAGUGCAAGGCAAAGGUGGCGGCGCUGGUCGUGGAAAAUCAGCUAUUCUCAGAGCUCAGGCUGCCAGAGGAAGGGGUCAGAGAGGACGAGGUGGCGGAAACAUCUUCCAAAAACGACGCUGAGUUCUUCAAGUUGUCAUCAUCCAUACUGUACAUAGUUUCUUUGUCAAACAAACAUGUAUUAAUGUUGUAACCUGAGCCCAUUGUUUUCCAAGUUUUUGUUGGUUAUAAUUUGCUAGAACACAUUCUCACUGGAAUAAAUAUUUUUUUGUAAUUAGAAA